AUGGACGCUGAAAAGGUUUUUGACACAAAGAAGGAAGAAAGGUGGAUUAAUAAGCAAAGAUGUUUAAUCGUAGCAUCAAGAGGUAUCAACGAUAGACAUAAGCAUCUUAUAGAUGAUCUUAUUUCUAUGAUGCCUCAUUCAAAGAAGGAUGCAAAGUUAGAAAAGAGAGAGAUUCCCGAAUAAAUUAGUGAGUUGUGUUUUACUCACUCUUGCACAAGUUUUAUGUACUUUGAAGCUCGUAGAAAGACCGAUUUAUAUUUAUGGAUCGGACGUUUCCCUGAUGGACCCUCCGCUAAGUUCUUAAUCGAACACAUUCAUGGAAGUGGUGAAUUAAAAUGCACAGGUAAUUGCUUAAAAGGAAGUAGACAUGUUAUCAGUUUUGAUAAGUCUUUCUCUGAAGAACCUUCCUUAAAAUUAUACAGAGAAUUAUUAACCCAUAUAUUCAAUGUUCCUAGAUAUCACCCUAAAAGUAAGCCUUGCACUGAUCACUUAUUAAGUUUCAUUUACUCCGACAACAAGUUAUGGUUUAGAAACUAUCAACUUUACUAAGAAACUCAAAAUAAGUAGUUAGAUAAUUAGGAACUAUAUGAAAUAGGACCUAGAUUUGUUAUGACUCCUAUUGCAAUUAUUGAUGGUACAAUGAUGGGCGAAGUUUUAUAUAAAAAUCCUUAAUACAAAACAAAAACUGCCAUAAGAGUUCUUAAGAAGAGAGAAAAGAUGAUGUCCACAAUGAGAAAAGAAUAAAAGAAGGAAUAAAAAGUAAAAACUUUAUCUAUUAAAGACCAAGUAGAUUAAGCAGAUAGAAUCUUCGAAGAUCAAAAGGAUGAUAGUUUCGAAGAAGAAUUCUGA